AUGUCGUCGGAAAACAAACGCCCGCCGAUUCCAACAACAACAACAACCACCACCCCCCCGCGGAUCCUGACCUCCUCCUCCUCCCGACCAGCAUCAAUACCCCCACCGCGCGAAACGCAGUGGUACGAGCACCUCACCCUUGAUCUCUUCGUGACUGCCCUCAACCAUACCAUCCUCCACCCUUUCGUCGCCUGGGUGAUCGUCCUCUGUCUCCGCGCCCAAGCAUACCGGUAUACCCAUCCGGCGUUCAUUACCGCUGCCGCGUAUGCUGCGUUCCUGAGUCUGCUGCACGCGGCUUCGGGAGUCAGUGAUCGCAUAGGGUUUGGCUUGCCGAGGGAUGUGGAUCGGAGCGAGGAAGUCGUGGUGAUCACCGGCGGAGCGAGCGGGCUGGGACUGCUGGUUGCCCGGAUAUAUGGCCUACGCGGAGUGAGUGUCGCGGUGUUGGAUGUCAAAGCCGAGGCCGAGAUUGAAGGGUGGGAGGAGGUCUGUGGGGUGGAUUAUUAUCAAUGUGAUGUUGGGGACCGUGUGCAGGUAGAGGAAACAGCAAAGAAGAUUGAGAAGGAUUUGGGUACCCCGACAGUGCUGAUGAACUGUGCCGCCGGCCGGAUCAAUGCGCAGCCGCUGCUCUCCCUUCCUAGCGAAGCGUUUCAGAAGACCAUCCAGACGAACUUAAUGGCGGUCGCCCACACAUGUCAGGUGUUUGUGCCGCGCAUGUUAACAGCCAAGAAUGGUGGUACGAUUGUGAAUAUAAGCUCGGUUGUUGGACAACUGUGCCCCGUUGGUCUAAGCGACUACUCUGCAAGCAAGGCGGGCCUGAGUGCUCUCCAUCGCACGCUGGAAACGGAGCUCCGGAUGUCAGAACACGGAAAUAAAGUCAAAAUGGUGCUGGUCGAGUGCGGCCAGAUCUCAACGCCUCUUUUCAAUUUCGUCAAAACGCCAAACUCCUUUUUUGCGCCCGUGCUCGAACCCAUUCACGUUGCUCAGGAAGUCGUAUCUGUGGUAGACCAGGGAAGAGGCGGUGUUAUUAGGAUGCCCACAUUCGCCAUGCUUGUCAACUGGUAUGCGGUGCUACCCGUAGGUCUUCAACGAAUUGCCCGAUACAUAAGCGGGAUCGACCUUGCCAUAGCAAAGUCGACACCGUCCAGUCAGCCGUCGCAAAGCGAAUCGAAGCAUGCAGAGGCGGAUUGA